GCCAGCCUCGGCCUGCGCGGGAAGGGCGCAGGCUGACCCGUGGCGGCAAUAGUGGUGGAACCUGGCGGCGGGCUGGCGCCUGGCAGUAGCAGUACACGUUCGUCGCUGAAGGGAAAGCUCCGCGCCUCGCCCUCGCUCCCGCGCUAGUCGGUAAGUUCCUGAGGCGCUGAUAAGUUCACUACGGAGUUCAGAAACACUUGUCUGACGCUGUAGAAGGUGGAUGAGUGACAGGAGAGGACCACUGCAGCUCGUGACAAGAUUAGUGUUGGGCAUGAUGUAUCUCCUAUCAUGAACCUGUCCUCACUCCCCAGACUGACAGCAGAUGUGACCAGCAAGCACAAGCCAGCAGGGGAGGACUGCCAGCAAGGGAGGACAGUGCCAGCAGGGGAGGACAGUGCCAGCAGGGGAGGACAGUGCCAGCAAGGGAGGACAGUGCCACCAGGGAAAGACAGUGCCAGCAGGGGAAGACAGUGCCAGCUGGGGAGGACAGUGCCAGCUGGGGGGGACAGUGCCAGCAGGGAAGGAGAGUGCCAGCACGGGAAGGACAGUGCCAGCAGGGAAAGACAGUGCCAGCAGCAGAGGACAGUGCCAGCAGGGAAGGACAGUGCACCAGCAGGGGUGAACAUUGCCAGCAGGGAGGGUCGGAAGCAAAGGCUCCCCCUGAACAUGAACAGCAUCUGGGGAUUCCUAAGCCCCAACAAGUAACAGCAUGCCAUGUACUUCCCAACCACUUCCUGCUUGACCCUGACCAUGCACCGAUCAUAUGCCCAGCUGGAAACCAUAUGAUGAUGACCAGAGAACACCACAGCCAGUGUGUACGAAGAAGCACAUCUGCUGCAUCACCAUACCGCCUGUUGAGGUGGUGGUGGUGGCUCAUGUUUGUGCUGGUGUGGAGCUGCUGUGUGCCAGGAUGUGCUGCACAGGGGAGGUCCAGCUACUUGCAAUACAGACCAUGGAAGAGUAGCAAGAUUUUCAACAAGGCUUACAAAGGGCAAGUGAACUGUUCAGAUGAAUCAUCAUUACAUGUGGAGAAUAAGUCAUGGUGUAUCUCAGAGAAUUACUGCAGAGCACACAACUAUUCCUAUAAGGUGUACUGGAUGAAACGGCAGUGCCUUUCCAAAUGCCCUCCAAACCACACUGAGAGUAAUGGCUAUUGCAGUCUCACAGACGUGUGUAAGACAGUAAGAAUCAGCAAUCUGACCAACAUGGAAGUCAGAGACAAUCUAAUGAAUUGUAGGAUUGUAGAAGGAAGCAUUGAGAUUGUACUAAUAAAAAGUGUGUCAGAAGAUGACUGGAAACCAUGGAAAUUCCCUCACUUGGUGGAAAUAACUGACUUCCUCCUGGUGUAUCAAGUGGAGAGUCUGAAGAGCCUUGGCCAGCUGUUCCCUAACUUGACUGUGAUUCGGGGCAUGAAGCUGCUGUACCACUACUCUCUUGUCAUCUAUAACACCCACCUGGAGAACAUUGGGCUAUACAAUCUCCGUGCCAUCCUGCGUGGGAGUGUCAGGAUACAGAACAACAUAAACUUGUGUUAUGUCCACACUGUCAGCUGGGAUGCCCUCAUGAACUCCUCCAGCGACAAUGUGCUGACGGAUAAUAUUGAGCCGCUGUGCAAAAACUGCUGUCCCUCCUGCUCCACCAGGCAGUCCCAGGAGCAGCACUGCCAGUACUGCUGGAGCAGCACCAAGAGUCAACAGAUCUGCAGCGAGUGUGACCACGGCUGCAUGGCAAGCGGCAAGUGUUGCCACCCACAGUGUGCUGGAGGCUGCCUGGCGCCAGGAAAUGACCGUGCCUGCAUUGCUUGCCGCAACUUUAAUACAGGAGACAGAUGUGUCAAGACAUGUGGCAACCUUCUUGAGUACAAAGGUUACCGCUGUGUCACCAAAGAUUACUGCCAGAGGAAGGGAUUCUUUCAAUUCAAUGGGACACAGUGUGUAACUGAAUGUCCAGGAGAUCACAACUCUACAGGGAAUGGGACAGAGGGAAUGAAGACCUGCAGUGAAUGUUGUGGUAGAUCCUGUCACGGGCUGCUGGUAAACACUGUGGCUCGUGCCCAGGAGCUGAGGGGCUGCACGUCUAUCAAUGGCUCUCUCAUCAUUAGCAUCAGGUAUGGCAAGACAGUCACCAAGGAGCUGGAGUCAAGCCUCGGUGCAAUACAGCGGGUCACUCAUUACAUCCGCAUCUUCAAAACCAGUCCACUCAAGUCCCUCAAUUUCUUGCAGAGUCUGAAGGUGAUAGAAGGGAGGCAGCUGUACAACAACAAGUAUGCUCUGUUUGUACAUGACAAUGCAAACCUAGAAGACAUAUGGGACUUCAGUAAGAAUCAAGAACUGAACAUCACCAAGGGCAAGAUUUUCUUCCAUGGAAACCCAAAGCUGUGUUACAACAACAAAAUUGAGACGCUGCUCAACCUGACUGGCCAAGAGGAAGACUUCAGCAUGCGCUUCACCAAUGGAGACAAAGUAGCAUGCUCCAUCAUGAAGCAUGCCAUCAUGCUGCUGCCCCAGAAAAACAAAGGGCAGGUGCUGGUCCGCUGGACUCCAGUGUCAACAGAUGAGGAUGACCGCAAGAUCACCGGCUACUACAUCUACUACAAGGAGACAAACGAGAGAAACAUAGGACACAUGGAUGGCCGAGAUGCAUGCAAUGAUGGAUGGAAAAGGGAACAUGUGGAAGUGGAACACUCCAGUGACAAAAUGGAGGAAACUCUAACAGGACUCAAGCCGGACCACCGCUAUGCAGUGUACGUGGAAACUGACACAGUGGCUGACGCUGACAUAGGGGCGCGCUCCAACAUCUCUUACACCACCACCAUGCCCUACAACCCUAGUUCCCCACUGAACCUGAGAGUCGUAGACAAAGGAACCACACACAUGGAUGUGGCAUGGUCACCGCCAAGCACUCCACUUGGAAAGAUUUUUCAUUACAAGGUCAAGAUAACCCACCAGAGGCAUGAUGAAGACACAUGCCAAGACUUCUGCAAGAAAGGGAACCAUCUCUCAGGAAAGCAUGAGGAAUCUGUAAAGGUGCUGUCAGAGAGCAUGAUCAAUGGGACAGGUCCCUCCUCUGCCACCACUGCACCACCACCCAAUUGCUGCCCGUGCCCAGCAGAGCCUGUGGCUUUUGAACAGGAUGACAUUGACUUUAAAAGCAGACUUCACAGUCAUGUUUAUUUACAUCGUACGCGUAUCAGCCGAGAAAAAAGAUCCAUUGUGUCAGCUGGUGAUGUAUCAAGAUCUCAUAAUUCAUUUAGUAACCCUUCAUGGGCGAGUCCUGCUGCAGUGUACACAGAGUACCCAGAAGGGAGGCAGGCAGCUGAGAAUAUUACUUCAAUGAGUAAGACAGACACCUUCAAGUACACUAAGGCAACCUACAUCCAGUUCACCAAUCUUUCUCACUACUCCCAUUACAAGAUUGAGGUGUCUGCCUGCCACAAGGAACAGAACACCUGUCCUAAAGAUAUGAAAGGAUUGUGUCAGCUGUGCUCAAUAGUUCCAGCCAGGAUUGAGGAUACCACUGCUAAGAAAGAUAAUGCCAGCAUGGUGGUGGACUUAAAGGUUGAAAACAUCAAGUAUUCAUCUGCCAAAGUGUCCUGGGCACCUCCUGUGUCCCCUAAUGGCCCAGUGCUGAAGUACCUGGUGUUCAUCUCUAAUGUGACAGAAGAUGCCAAACACUCCAUGUAUGUGUUGCAACAAUGUGUGUUGCCUUGUGGAUCCAAUAGAAGCCUCGACAAGCAUCAGUUCAAGCUGAAAGACCUGCGGUCAGACACAAUGUACCAAGUGAAAGUUGAAGCUCUUACAAGAGCCCCCUUGGACAUAAAUGACACAGCAGCCACAGCCAUCUUUACCACAGAAGCUAAAGACAGUGAAGACCAUGGCCAGAUAUUGCUGCUGGUGCCAGUGUUUCUGCUGCUGGCAGUGAUGUGUGGCAUCUUUGUGUUCAGAAGAGUUCAGCCGCCCAAGCUGCCUGUCGAUGAAGACGUUGACCCAGUUCCAGACUGCAGUGUGUUACCCAGACAGUAUAUGGUGGACCCAGCGAGUCUGAGGCUGGAGCCGGAGCCCCCAGUGGGCAAGGGAAACUUUGGUCUGGUUCUGAAGGGACACCUACAGAGGGGGUCAGACUGGGUCCCUGUGGCAGUGAAGAAGGCCAUCAGCCCAUCCUCACAGGAAGACAUGAUGUCAGAGGCCAGGCUGAUGCUGGAGCUGAAAUCAUUCCACAUCGUGCAUGCCUAUGGGGUGAUGAUCAGGUCCAACCACACCUACCUGGUGAUGGAGUACAUGAGCAAAGGAGACUUGCUUAAAUACCUCAGGGAACAGAAGACAAUGCUGGAGACUGAACAAGUGUGUGACAUGGCACUGCAGAUUGCUGAUGGCAUGGCAUAUUUGGCCAGCAAGAACUACGUGCACAGGGAUCUUGCCGCCCGCAACUGUCUCAUCAAUGAAGACAUGAAAAUUAAAAUAUCAGACUUUGGCAUGACACGGAUAACAGAAGAAAAUUAUUACCAUGUCUUACGCUCACAGUUCUUCCCAGUGCGGUGGAUUGCUCCUGAGUGUUUCAACAAGCAGAGAUUCACCACGCAGAGUGAUGUCUGGAGCUACGGAAUUGUCCUCUGGGAAAUCCUUACUAAUGGCAGAAAACCUUAUGAAGACCUGAGUACCAAUGAUGAGGUGAGGGAGAAGGUGAGCAAUGGUCACACACUAAAGGACAGUGUGUGGCACCUCACUGACUACUGGCUUGCAGACUUGAUAUGCAGGUGUUGGGAAUCUGAGGACCAUGACCGACCCUCUUUUCUAAAUAUAAUCAGCAUCCUCCAGACCCAUGCUUCACCACACUUCAUACAGCUGUUCAGAUGUAAGUCAUUUUACUACGAAUCAAGGGGCCAGGAGUGAGGGGAAACAGACCUCAUCUGGAAUGUGAGGGGCGAGAGUGAAGGCUGUCCGGGCAUCACCUGUCUGCACUUCACCUGCCAGCCCUCAGUCAGCAUGGGCUGCUCCACCCCCCUUCCUCCACCUGGUGAGCCAGUCACCAGGAUGAUCUGCCAGUGCUCACUUGAAAAGAAAUAUUCUUGAAAUACUAAAGCAAGGUGUCUGUGUAAUCCAUGAUAAGAAAGAAAAGAAAUUUCCUUUUUGGCUUUUCUAAAUGUAAUCUUGCUCUGUCUGGAUCAAAUAAUUCAUCACACACUUUAUAUUCUAUAGAACAUUUACAGUCAUUGCUUCUCAAAGGAAUCUAAGAAGGUUAUCUUACUCAGCAUGUAAGCCGUGCACCAAACAUCUCAGGCAACUUGUCCAUACAUGCAUACAAAUAUGUAUGUAAGCACUUAGCCAUGACAUUCUCAUCCAUUGUUCAUCUCCUCAGCUUCAAAACUGUUUGUAUAAUUAUUUUUGUAAUCAUCAUUAAAAUAAGAAGUUAUCCACAUCUACUAAUGUACAUUAAGUAAAAAAAUACUGUAUUUUCCAAUUUGCUAUGUUGUAUCAACUUUCAGAGCUUAUUACAGGAAAGCCUUGCUAAUUUAGACAAAGAGCUGGAAAAAGUCUGAAACAAUCUCUAGAACAGUUCAAGUGAAGCCCAAAAUAUAUAAAGUUUGUAUUAGUUCCAGUAAAUAUAAAAAAAAGAAUCUGAGUUAGCAGGGUUUGCUGUGUGAAUUCCAUGGUACAAAUACACACUGUCAUAGGGUGUAAGCUUAUGUUAGGCUCUAAGUGAAGGCCAGCAAGCUGUGCCAGUCGGCUGCCCAUCUGUCUGGGAAUAAUGAAGCCAAGACAUGUACAUUUAUGGCUCUUUUGUAAACAGGAACAUCAUAGUGAGUUCAGGGGUCCCAGUUGUUGAAUUAGUAAAAUAAAAGAAAAUAAUAAA